AUGUUGCUCGACGAGGAGCCCGCCACACUGAUCCACCACACCAUCGGUAACUUCAACAUCCACCCGGACAGACAAGCUGUCACGCGCAUCAAUGACUCCCUCGGCACGCUCCAGCAGUCGCGCGACCUACGAAUUCACGACGCCGAGUCAGCCCUCCGCAAGCUCUCGCGCAAUCUCCACUCCCUGGCUACGCAACACGAAGAAGCCGUCGCUGUUCACGACUCCGGCAAACACGCCGCCGAGAUCGUCGAGCUCGAUACGAAGAAGUUCCGCAUCGCCAAGGCCGCCUCCGAGCUUGAGAUUGAAAGCGAGCGCCUCGAGAGCGAGCUGGAGAUGCUGAAGGAGAGACUGGCUGAUCUGGAGGCCCAGGGGUUGGAGGGCGAUGAGACCACGCGCCGGGAGCGUGAGGCGGAUGAUGCGACCAUUCUACGUCUGAAGAUCUACCGCUCGCUCGGGGUCGAUAUCGAGCCCGAUAACGCGGGCAACUUCAACCGCGCCGUCAUUCGCAAUAGUCGCAAGGGAGACGUGCACGUCGUCAAUAUCGACCCCAAGUUUUCGCGGUUCUUCUAUGCCAACUACUUAUGGCAGACGAUACAAGGAUAA